UCCAGUUUUCCAUACGCUCAGUUGUGCCCGCGGUCAAGGGAAAAUCGCAGUCGACCUAUUCCCCCGAGCAAAGCCAAAAAGAAAUCAGGAAAAAUACCAAGCGUGCGGGUGUCCGAGACCUGGAUCUGUGAGAAGUCUUCAAGAUGACCAAAGUGGAGCUCUACAAGUCACGCGUCUUUGUGACAAUCAUACACCUGUGUGCCCUGGGCCAAUUCGCCUAUGGGCUCUACUACAGCUCUUUCGAAAUCCAGAGGAGCUAUAAGCUAAAGACCAGCCUUAAUCGCCGACUGGUGCCGGAAUCGCUGCCCCAGAAAAUCAAAUUCCUGUCCUAUUGGUCGUUGAUAAUUCAGGCACUGUACUAUAUUGUAUCGCUUGUCAACGAUUUUGUGGGCACCAAUGAGCUGACCCCCAAGAAGCCUCCGGCGGUGCGCCGGUUCAAAGACUGGCUGAUGGCCACAUUGGCCUUCCCCGUGGCUAUCAACGUGGGCGUGACCUUCUGGACACUUUACGCCAUCGAUAGAGAGCUGGUCUUCCCAAAGGUGCUGGACCCCGUCUUCCCCAGCUGGCUUAACCAUGUCCUGCACACCAACAUCGUGGUCUUCAUUGUCUUGGAGCUGUUCAUCUCGUACCGCUCGUACCCAAAACGCAGCCACGGACUCGCUGUUCUGACCAUCUUCAUGGGCUCCUACCUGGUAUGGAUCCACAUUGUAAAGCACUACUCCGGCGUCUAUGUCUAUCCAGUGCUGGAGGUGCUCCAGCUGCCACAGCGCAUCCUGUUCUUUGUGGUCGUCGUGGGAUUCACGCUGUCGCUCUAUCUGCUGGGCGAGUUCCUCAACAACACCGUCUGGGCCAAGGAGGUGAAGCUGGCCAAGCGCAAAUCCAACUAGGAGUAGGCUGAGCCCCGUUUCUGUCCCUUGUAGUCGCGUUUAAUUAGCCACAAAAUAAAAAAUAACGACAGGCCUGUUUCGGUUAUUGAUUUUUCCCAUAUUGUUCGAUCUCCAGGAUAGUAGAAGGAUAGUAUUAAUUAUGCAUGCCAUACUGUAAAGUUGACCGAAGAAGCGGCACAAAAUAUCUGAAAAAUUGAUAAUCGAAUCAUCAUCUUGCCUGAUAAACUCGCUAAUAAUAUUUUACAUACCUAAUGAAUUGUGAAAGUCUUUAAACGUAAUAUAGAAAACCGUUUGCUAAUGAUAUUCAUUCUAUUCUUAUUACGAAUUGUAAUUGAGAUUAUAGCCGUAGUUUUUUCGUUUUUUAUUAAAUCAGAUAAGUGAAGUUACGUUUUCGAUUCCAACCACCUCAUAUCAAGGAAUUUUAACACCAACACCUUCUUUGAAUACCUGUGUUACAACCUGUAAUUCAAUUCUAGUAUCGUAAUAAGCCGAUUAAACUCUUGAUUGACUGCGAAAAA